GUGAGGCAGCCUUUCUUCUUACCCCACCAAUUUGGUUGAAAUUUGUACUCAAAUUGGUACCGGCAAAGAUCACUUUAUGUAGUGAGGUGAUUCCUAACUCCUCCCGGGGCCCUUAUUUGGUGCCCAUUCCUGCUUCCCGGACCUGCAACGUUAUCAAUCCCUAAGGUUCCGGUGCUGCAAAUACUGGGAGUAGGAGCAGGAGCUCAGAUGCAGGAGUCUUAAGAAGGGUGGAAGGCCCCGUGGUGACUGAAGGGAUAGCGAGAACAAGCUGGCGACUGUCAGGCCAUUCUGAAUUACCUGUGCUCUAUAAUGAUGGUGCUGUUUCUUCUCCCUGUAGCCAAGAGCCAGGUCUAUGAAACAGGGAAGAAAAAUCUUUCCAGAUAAAGGUUCAUGGGCAGAUCGCUCACCUCUGCAUGAAGCAGCCAGUCAAGGACGUCUUCUUUCUCUAAAGACUUUAUUGUCACAGGGGUACAAUGUAGAUACACUAACAAUUGACCAAGUAACUCCACUCCAUGAAGCCUGCCUGGGAGAUCAUGUAGGAUGUGCAAGAAUCCUCCUUGAAGCAGGAGCAAAUGUAAAUGCUACGACAAUUGACGGGGUGACACCUUUAUUUAAUGCCUGUUCGAGAGGCAGCGCAGCAUGUGCUGAGCUCCUGUUACAGUAUGGUGCCAAAGCUCAGUGGGAGUCCUGUCUGCCAUCACCAACACAUGAAGCAGCCAGCAGAGGUCACAGUGAAUGUCUGGAGGUACUGAUAUCCUGGGGUAUAGAUGUUGACCAGGAUCUUCCUCAUUUAGGAACACCUCUGUACGUAGCUUGUGUUUCACAGCAGAUCCAUUGUAUUCGAAAGCUUCUCUAUGCAGGUGCCAACGUGCAGAAAGGAAAGCAUUUGCAAACUCCACUCCAUGCUGCUGCCCAGCAUUCUAGUACAGAGAUUGUAAACUUACUCCUUGAAUUUGGGGCAGACAUAAACGCCAAAAAUUCAGAUUUUGAGAGGCCUGUUGAUUUAGCUGCCCCAAGCAGUUUAGUGGAGAGACUGCUGCUCUUCCAUGAAGCCACACCAUCUUCUCUUUGUCAGCUCUGCCGACUAUGUAUCCGAAAUUACAUAGGAAGAGCUAGACUGCAUCUAGUUCCACAACUCCAGUUGCCAACAAUACUUAAGAAUUUCUUACAGUACAGAUAACAUAGUAAUCAAUUGUUAGAAACAUAAAUAUAGUGAGUACAUUUUCUUCUCUCUGUUUAUUGUAUGUUUUAUCUAAAGAACUGCUGGGCGGAAAAAAAAAAGCCUUUUGCAUAUCGCUUAAAAAAGUUGUAUCUUUGACACCUGGUGUUGGUAAUGUAAUAGUCAUUAGGAGCCAUUCAGCAACUAGUGCCAAGGUGCUAAUCCAGCUGAAUUGAGUAAGUGUGCUGAUACUCUGGGACAUGAUUGUAUAACUUUAUCUUAACCCUUAAUAGCUUUAGUGCUGUUAACUUUAAUUGUGUUAAUGUUUUAAAAUCGGCUUGACACACCUGAACCACAAAGAGUUUCAUUAUUAUUUGUUACGUUUGUCCAUUUGGAGUCAAUAUUUUAUGUAUUUUUAAACUUCUGUUGUUCAUGUACCUAAAAAUACUUGGUUAUGGGUGCACUAUAUGCAUUGAUAAAAAUAAAACAAUUAGACAUCAAUUCUUUUCCUUUUUCCUUUUAUAGAUGGUUCAUUAAUCACAGUGAGAAACUUCCUUUAUUCUUCCUCAUUGCCUAUGCUAUGAAUUUUAAUUAAAUUGAUGUGAAUAUAACCUCA